AUGGUGGAUGGCCCGCUGUUUUCCGAGGGGCCAGGCAGCCCCAGAAAGCCCCAUGAUGGAGAGUCUGCCGGCUGCUUUUGGGUACAGAAGUCCAAGCUGUUAGUGAUUGAAGUGAAGACCAUCUCCUGUCAUUACAGUCGCUGGGCCCCUGCUCACCAGCCCAUGGACCCUACUGGGGGUCCUUGGGCCCAGGAACCUUCAAGCCACAGGUAUGGGCUGGGCCAGAAGCCCCCAGAGCGGCUGCUUCGCCGGGCAUGGGUGCCCCGAGUGUUGCAAGAGGCAACCAACUGGGGGACAGGGCACCCAUCCGAGAUCCGACCGAGGGAGCAAGAGAAAAGGAAGGCGGCCUCUCAGGAGCGUGAGGCCAAAGAAACAGAGAGAAAGCGGCGCAAGGGAGGUGGGGGUCGAAGUUGGAGCCCUCCAGGCCUUUGCCGUUCAGAACCCCGAAGUCCACUGGGCCGAGCCCGGGGCGGAGGUGGACCCCGCCCCGAACCUGGGAAUGUUCCCAAGGCCGCCCCGCCUAAGGCCCGUCAGGUCCCUUGGUUGCCAGAGCACCUUAGGCCGUCCGGCCGCCCGCCCCGUCCAGCAGCGCAGUGGCUACGAGAGCCUGGCGCUGCAGCUCGCGCGGGGCCCCGGGUGGGGCGGCCGUCUGGGCCUCCCAGUUAUGAAGCCCACCUGCUCUUGAGAGGCGCCGCCGGGCCGGUCCCUAGGAGGCGCUGGGACCGGCCUCCACCCUACGUGGCUCCGCCUUCUUACGAUGGCCCCCACCGGACCCUGGGGGCCAAACGGCCCCCGCAGCUUCCCCGGCUGCCCGCCCCACUAGCUCCGGCCCCUUCUGUAGAAGGAAAAGAUAGGGAGGAGCUCCCCAGGAAGAGGCUGGAUCCGCGGAUCUACCGCGACGUUCUAGGGGCUUGGGGGAUUCGGCAGGGCCGGGGCACCCUGGGUGGAUUUCCAGGUUGUGGAGGGCCUGGGCUUGGAGGGAAGACUUCAGACAAGGUCCCUGGGUUCUCUCCUGUGGGUCUCAAUAGCAACGGCAGCGAGAGCUAUUCACAACCUGGGGCCAACCAGACCACAAGAGCAGAAACAGUAACCUCUGGCACCCCCCAAACGACACCCAGAACCAAGCUCCCUCUCAGGGACACCUCUGAAGGGGAACGAGCAGGAGAACAGAGCUGGUCCCGCAAGACCUGGGGUCCUUCCCCUGGAGACCAGCCGCCUCAGCACAGCCAAACCCUUCCUAGACCCUGGGCCCCUGGGGGCCCAAGAGAGAAAGAGUCCCCGGGAGAGAGGGGUGGGUCCCAGAGGCCUUCCAAGUUUCCAACCGACUGGAAGGAGACCCAGCGAGCUCAUACUGUGCCCCGCAGCCCCCGUAGUUCUGGUAGGGAAAACGGAGUGUUUGUCAUUGACGCCACGUGCGUUGUGAUUCGGGCCCAGUUCAUCCCAACCCCUCAAAUCCAACACGUGCAGCUUUUGCCUUCCCCGGGGCCACGGGAUUGGGGGGACUCCCUGGCUUUCCGAAAGCCCCGAAAAGAGGAGGGAGAGGAGGAGCAAGCCUUCCCCUCCCCAUGCCAAAAGCUACUGCAGAGUAGCCGGCUCUCUCAUCAGCCCAACAAGGGCUGCUCGGAAACAUGGGAUGAGGAUGCUGAGGCCAGGGAGCCGGAGGACCCCUCCCUGGAGGAGCGCGCCUCCCGCAUCCUGGGGCUCCCAAUCAGAGAGCUGGACCUGGGGGCGUCCCCCGUUCAGUGUAGCUCGGACCCUAGUGGGCCUAGCGGAGUGGCUGAGAGGUGCGCGGAUGGCACCCGAGGCUCAGAGCCAGCGGCGAGGGUCCGGCGGCCCGCUGGCCGGGGCUGGGUGCGGGACCCAGGGCCUUAUGCCGGGGCCCUGCGGGAAGCCGUAUCUCGCAUCCGUCGCCAUACAGCCCCGGACUCGGACUCAGAUGAAGCCCCAGACUGCGGCGCCCGGAGCUGCUCCUCCGAAGGGAGCGACACAGAAGCCUCGGGUGUCUCUGGGCAGCCUGAGAGAAGCCUGCCCGGGGGCCUAGACACACCCGGGACCCCAGGAGGCCGGGGAGAGAUCGGGCGCAGGGCCGGGGAGCUGAGAGACUGUAUCCGGGAAAUCCUGGAUGUGAUCUGCCAGACCGAGGAGGCGCUAUUCCGGGCCGAGGGCUCCGCUCAGGGAAAGCAGGGAGGGGGUCACCCCCAGCCAUAGGUUCCCAGACCUCGGACUUGGUCCCGCCCCCCACGGUUCUCCCUCACCGUCCCCUUUACUCCUGCAGAAUUCUCUCACCUCGUCUCAUUUUGUUCUUCUAUAACCCUACAUGUACCCCGACCUGGAGGUCCUCACAAUUGAAACCAGAGGAACAAACAGCCAUUUGAGCUUUUACGGUUUUAUUUUUUGAAUGAGAAAUGGGGGAAAUGGAAUCUUA